AUGGCCAUGAUGAUAACCUCUCUUUGGGAAUUCUGCGUUCUUUCACUUUUGCUUUCUUAUGUUGUUGAGCUGGAAGCUUCCCACCAUGUCUAUAGCAAUAUUCAAACUUCUGAACUGACUUCGACUCAUCACCAAACUAAAGAGCCUUACAGAACUGGUUAUCAUUUCCAGCCUCCCAAGAAUUGGAUCAACGGGCCAUUAGUUUACAAGAAAAUUUACCAUCUUUUCUAUCAGUACAAUCCUAAUGGUGUAGUUUGGGGUAACAUUGUCUGGGCGCAUUCCACAUCAACUGAUCUUAUUAAUUGGACCCCUCAUGAUGAUGCCAUCUACCCAUCACAGUCGUUUGAUAUCAAUGGUUGUUGGUCGGGGUCAGCUACAAUCCUUCCUGGGGGUAAGCCGGCAAUUUUCUAUACUGGAAUCAACCCCCAGAACGAGCAAGCUCAAAACCUGGCCUUCCCCAAAAACCUCUCAGACCCAUUUCUUAAGGAAUGGGUAAAGAUCCCACAGAACCCAUUAAUGAAGGCAACCCGAGCUAAUCAUAUAAAUGCAACCUCAUUUAGGGACCCAACUACUGCUUGGCUAGGGUCAGAUAAUAGAUGGAGAUUAAUCGUUGGAAGCCAGAAGGACCAAACAGGAUUAGCUAUCUUAUAUAGAAGUAAAGAUUUCUUGAAUUGGACCAAGGCCAAUCACCCACUUCAUUCAGCAAAGAAAACCGGAAUGUGGGAGUGUCCAGAUUUUUUUCCAGUUUCAAAGAAUAGCCCGGUUGGUCUUGACACAUCAAAAAAUGGUCCUGAUGUUAAACAUGUGCUCAAGGUUAGCUUGAGUAAAUCUUUUAAAGAGUACUAUACAAUUGGGACAUAUAACCUGAAGAAGGAUAUCUAUAUCCCAGAUAAGGGAUCGGUGGAGAGUGAUACUGGUUUGAGAUAUGAUUAUGGCAAGUUCUAUGCUUCAAAAACCUUCUUUGACAGUGCCAAGAACCGUAGGAUCUUGUGGGGUUGGAUUAAUGAAUCUUCAAGUGUAGAUGAUGACAUCAAGAAGGGGUGGUCUGGACUCCAGGCAGUUCCAAGGACCCUUGUGCUUGAUAAGUCUGGAAAACAAUUGGUGCAAUGGCCUGUUGUAGAACUUGAAAAGCUGAGAAUCAAACAGGUCAAGUUGCCCAACAUUGUGCUCAAGGGAGGAUCACUUCAUGAAGUACUUGGGGUCACAUCAGCACAAGCUGAUGUAGAAAUUACAUUUGCGAUAAGUGAUUUGAAGAAAGCAGAAGUGUUUGAUCCAAGUUGGACUGAUCCACAAAUUUUGUGUAGCAAGAAGGGUGCUUCAGUUAAAGGUGAUCUAGGACCAUUUGGUUUACUGGUUUUGGCUUCAAAGGGAUUGAAAGAAAAUACAGCACUAUUCUAUAGGAUAUUUAAAUCUCAGAACAAUAACAACAAAUAUGUGGUGCUCAUGUGCAGUGACCAAAGCAGGUCUUCCUUAAAUCAAGAUAAUGAUAAGACCACAUAUGGGGCUUUUGUAAAUGUGGAUCUUCUUCAUGAGAAGCUGUCACUAAGAAGCUUGAUUGAUCACUCGAUAGUGGAGAGCUUUGGAGGAGAAGGCAAGGCCUGCAUAACAGCUAGGGUUUAUCCCACAUUAGCUGUUGAUGGUGAUACGCACUUAUAUGUUUUCAAUUAUGGAAAUGAGAGUGUCAAAAUCGCAGGAAAUGCAUGGAGCUUGAAAACUGCUAAAAUUAAUUGAUUAAUAUUUAAAAAAAGUAGUGGAGAGCGAGCACUACUAGCGGGC